UCUAGAUCGCGGGGCCGGAAGGGCGCGGCCGAAGGCCGAACGGGUGGGGCCUGGGGGGGCGUGCCCCCGGGGAGGCGGGGCUAACAUGGCCGCCACGGGCGCUUGGAGGACCUAAGAGGCGGUGGCUGGGGCCACGCCCCGGGCGGGAGGGCCGCUCUGUGCGCGCCCGCUCUAUGAUGCUUGCGCGCGUCCCCCGCGCGCCGCUCUGCGGGCGGGGCGGGUCUCCGGGAUUCCAAGGGCUCGGUUACGGAAGAAGCGCAGCGCCGGCUGGGGAGGGGGCUGGAUGCGCGCGCACCCGGGGGGAGGCCGCUGCUGCCCGGAGCAGGAGGAGGGGGAGAGCGCGGCGGGCGGCAGCGGCGCUCUCGGCGACUCCGCCAUAGAGCAGGGGGGCCAGGGCAGCGCGCUCGCCCCGUCCCC